AUGCAUGGCACUGACAGGAAGAAGUCGGUAGGCGGACGAUGGGGUGUGCCCAGCUCUACAAUGAAGACACCAACAAGACCUAGAUUCACUUUCGGAGGGACACAAAUCAAUUCGUCGUCGAAGAGUGACUUCAAUGCAGGCGGACAACCUCGAUUCAGUAUUGGAGGAGCGGUACCGGCAAGUGCCCGUAGGCACUCUGUGUUCAGAUCUCUUACGAGUAACUUCAAAGAUACACGGCCUUUGUCUUCGAAAGAGUAUCAGAGCGAAAUGGUUCGAACCAUUUACGACUUCCUCCUAGAACACGAUGGAGAGUUGCACCAUGGAUAUUCCGAAGUUCCAUGUUAA